UCUGAUUGGCUGUUCUGGGUGCGUGACGCUGCGAAACUGGCAGACAGCGAGCAGAGAGGUAAAACCUGUACGACCGUGGCCGUCAUUGUCGUCCUUUCAGCCGGCUUGUCUCUUUCGCGCUGCUCGGAGGCUGUUCCUAUAAAUAAAAAUCCCGGGAGCAGCAGCGUAAGCUGCCUAUAUCCACACAGAACCCAAAAUGAAUGGUCAACUGGACUUAAGCGGCAAGUUAAUCAUCAAGGCCCAGCUUGGUGAAGAUAUCCGAAGAAUACCAAUUCACAAUGAGGAUAUCACUUAUGAUGAGCUGGUGUUGAUGAUGCAGAGGGUUUUUCGGGGAAAGCUCCUGACUAAUGAUGAGGUGACCAUAAAGUAUAAGGAUGAAGAUGGGGAUCUCAUUACUAUCUUUGAUAGCUCCGAUCUGUCAUUUGCCAUACAGUGCAGCAGAAUACUGAAGCUUACUCUUUUUGUUAAUGGACAGCCUAGACCAUUAGAAUCCAGCCAGGUGAAGUAUCUACGCCGGGAGCUGAUCGAACUUCGCAACAAGGUCAAUCGGCUACUGGAUUGCCUGGAACCUCCUGCGGAACCUGGAAUUCCCACAAGUCUACCUGACAACGAAGCUCUUGACGGUAGAGAAGAAAAACCUGCUGCCCAUGAUUCCUCAGUUAAACAGUCUACCCAAGUCAUGGCUGCCAGCAUGUCUGCUUUUGAUCCAUUGAAGAACCCCGAUGAGAUCAACAAAAAUGUCAUGUCAGCUUUUGGAUUAAGUGAGGACCAAGUAACUGGGCCUCCAAGUGCUCCUGUAGAGGAACGUUCCAGCACUCCUGACAGCAUUGCCUCUUCGUCUUCUGCCCAUCCUCCAGGCGGUCAGCCUCCGCAGCAGCAGCCUUACCCAGGGGCUCAGCACCAGCAAGCAGGUCAAAUUGAAGGCCAGAUGUAUCCACAGUACCCCCAGCAGUCAGCUGGCUAUGCACCAGCACCUCAAGGGCAAGGCCAGCCUCAGCCCCAGCAACAGUACGGCAUGCAGUAUUCUGGUUACAGUCAGCAGACCGCGCCACAGUUUCCAGCUUACAAUCAGCAAGCUGCACAGCCUCCUGCCCCUCAGUUUCCAGCCCAGCAGCAACAACUACCCUCACAGCCUCCUCAGCAAUACCAAGCUGGCACCUUCCCACCCCAGACAUACACUACACAGGCCUCCCAGCCUGCUAACUACAAUGUCCCCCCAGCUUCCCAACCUGGCAUGGCUCCAAGCCAGCCAGGGGCUUAUAGACCAGGAUUUACCCCACCACCUGGCAGCACUGUCACUCCACCUCCAAGCGGGCCGAACCCAUAUGCACGCAAUCGAGCCCCGUUCGGUCAGGGUUAUGCUCAACCCGGACCUGGAUAUCGAUAAAUCCCAAUAACCGUCAGUAAAGCCCGGGCUGCUAGAUCUCUUUCCAUCCUAACAGACUGUAAUUUAAAUUUGUAUUGAUGCUUCAGACAGCAGAGGAAAAGCCUCCUUUGCUUUCCGGCGCACUGUAUUCUGGUAAAUGGGGUGUAACUUACAGGGCGAAGAGACCAAAUGAUUAUUUCCUGCUUAUGAUUGCAUCUUCUCUCUAGUUGAAGCUCAAGUCCAAAAGGAAAAAAAAAAAAAAAAAAAAAAAGCAAGGAAGUGUUUGAUGUUCUAGCGAGCCUCGUCAAAUGUAUGAAAGAAUGCUAAUUACAAAUCCACUUAUUCGGCUUGUUUUUAUUGGUCUGAUGUGUUAGAUCUCUUCUAAAGUAUGAACUAGGUAUUAUGUAAAAAUUCUAAUAUUCACACGGAAACCUAAUAAACAUUCAAAAUCUU